UGUCCCUGUUUCCCUGGAGACGCUUUCGGCGUCCCAGCUUCCAGCCCAGCGGCCUCUAAACCCGGACCAGGGGAGAGGGCAGCGCCAGCGCCGGGCAUCUGGUACCGGUGGGGAAAUCCCUUAGGCAACACAGAAAACCAGAGUUGCUCCGCAGAGUCAGUCCACCCAGUCCAAAAUGACCACCCUUCCCCCACCACCCAUGACACGUCCAAAGCUUAUGGCUUUAGCCGUACAGAAGCUGCCAUGCUCCUCAGGGGCAAUUUCAAGGUCUCAACUGAUCAAAGAAAAAGAUGACAUAGAUCAUUACCUGGAGAUGAAUUUCAAAGGACUGUCAAAAGAGGAAGUUGCUGCUCACAGGAACUCGUACAAGAAGAACAUCUGCGUGCACAUGCUGCGAGAUGGCUACCACAAGUCCUUCGCGGAAGUCUUCACUCUGAUGGAGCAAUGGGACUCGCUGAGGGAGGCAGCGAGGGUGAGGUCGGUCCUUUGGUUGCAGAAGCCUCUGGAGCAGCAGCCGGACAAACUGAAUUUCCUCUACCACUACCUGACCAGAGCCGAGGCCGCCGAGCAGAAAGGAUACCUUGAAGAUGUAUAUAAUAACUUGUAUGUUCUGGCCUGUUACUUCAAUAAUCCUGAAGACAAGUGGGUAAGGAACCACUUCUAUGAACGAUGCUUUCAUGUUGCGCGACUGAUCAAAUUUGACGGUGGGAAGAGAGAAGCAGAGGCGCAAGCGCACCUGGGCCUUCUCUACGAGGAAGACGAUCAGCUUCUGGAGGCUGCCGAGCAUUAUGAAGCAUUCCAUCAAUUGACACAGGGGCGGAUAUGGAAGGAUGAGACAGGCCGCUUUCUCAACUUGUUGGCCUGUGAAAGUCUCCUGAGGACUUACAGAUUACUCUCAGACAAAAUGCUGGAAAAUAAAGAAUACGAACAGGCCAUCAAAAUUCUAAUAAAAGCUUCUGAAAUAGCCAAAGAAGGAAGAGACAAAAAGAUGGAAGGAGAAGCCUCCUAUUACUUGGGCUUAGCACACUUGGCUGCUGAAGAAUAUGAAACUGCAUUAACAGUCCUCAACACUUACAGUAAAAUCUCCACAGACCUGAAUGAUGAUCUCAGCCUGGGGAGAGCCUAUGAAGCCAUAGCCAAGGUCCUGCAAAGCCAAGGAGAAAUGACAGAAGCAAUUAAAUACUUGAAAAAAGUUGUGGAAAUUGCAAGAAACAAUUUUCAAAGCCUAGAUAUUGUGAGAGCAAGUACAAUGCUUGGGAACAUCUAUAAUGAAAAGGGUCAGUACAACAAAGCUUCUGAGUACUUUCAGCAAGCUUUCGACACAACAGUAGAGCUAAUGAACACGUCUCUGAUGGAGGAAACGCAAGUUCAUUACGGAAUAGCCAAAGCUCAUCAGAUGAUGCUGACAGUGAACAGUUACAUAGAAUCUCAAGAUCUCCCCAGCCUUGACUACUUGCUGUCCUGGAAGGAGUGCAGACGAGAUGUUGAACUUGAUCUGGUUAUUGAAGUGCCUAGAAGAUCAACAGAAGAAAAUGUGUCUCAAAGUUCAGAACACUUGGAAAACCCCAACAGAUUUCCAGAUAAUCACAAACAUGAAACUUAAAGCAGCUUCUGACUCAACAUAAAUGCAAGAAUAAAGUUACCAUGUCACCAAAGACAUCAUUCCUAUGGUGGGAGCGAGUUAGAAGUAAUGUAGAGGUGUAAGAAAGCUGACUAUGACUAUGACUAUGUUUUUAUCAGAAUUUGUCUUGCAGUCUACUGCUGCAAUUUUAGUCUAUAACAUCUAAACCCAGGAAAAUAAAAUGAAUUUAAAAUGCUUCGAAGGAUCAGCAGUUAUCCAUAAAAUAAACUGCAAGAGUGAUGCUGUCCACAAAACAGAGAUCCAUGAAACUGAAGACAACAUUCUGAAAUGGGCUGAAUUAUAUAUAAAAAUUUAGCAUAUAAUAAAGCUGGCAUUUUAAAGCAGUGAGAAAGAGAAGGGGCCAUGUAGAGAAUCUGAGACCGCUGGUUAUCUACGCAGAAACAGAAUCCAUAGGGUGGAUUAUCUCCUUAUCGGACUCCAUGGGACCAGACUGAACUGUAAAAUACUGGAACUGAACAGAGGAAUAGCCUCCUAGUUUUGAGUUGGGGAGCACCUUUCUGAGCAAGAAAUCAAGGUCAGGUGAAAUCAAACAACUCUACAAUAUAUGUGCAUAUGCUAAAAAGAUCCACACAGGAGCAGAAGGGUGAAUAGACACAAUGCACAAUAUAUGCAUCCAUGAAAAAUACUACAUUGAAUCCUAUCCAUUUAUAAAAUGAAUAUGUAUUAAUAAUUAUUAUAGAGAAAGUUGUGCUGCUUUUCUUGCAAUACAGAGUAAAUGAAGGGCCAGCACUCUGCCAAGGAGGUGAUUUAGCUCCUCCUGAAGAUGAAAAGUUCAUUAAAUAGAAUUAAAAGACCAAUGUCAGAGCAGAAAAGUUUGUAGCUAAAACCUAAAAGCUAAUGCCUCUAAAAUACAAAUAAUUUCUGGCAAAAAAAAAACUUUAAUAAGAAAAAAAGAAAGAGGAGGAAGACAAGAAAGAAAAGGAGAAAAUCUAAUAGAAAAGAAGGACAAAGCAUACAAAUAAUUCAGAGAAGAAAAAUACAUUUUUAAUACAUAAAGUAAAAAAUAGACAAGUUGGACCACAUGUGCAUUGUGGGAGGAAAUGUAAAUAGUAUAACCACUAUAGAAAAUAGUAUAUCAGCCCUUCAAAAUGUUAAGGAUAAAAAUGCUACAUGAUCCAGCAAUUUGACUUCUAGGUAUAUACUCAAAAGAAGUAAGAAAGAGAACUUAAACAGUUAUUUAUACAUAAGUAUUUAUAUCAGCAUUAUCAGAAUAGCCAAAAAGCAGAAACAAUUCAAAUGUCAAUCAAUGGUGAAUGUGUAAAAAAAAAAAAAGUGAUAUUUACAUAUAAUAAGAUAUUACUUAGCCUUAAAAAAGAAUCCAGGCAUGGUGGUGCAUACCUGUAAUCCCCAGCUCUCUGGGAGGCUGAGGAAGGAGAAUCAUAAGCUUGAGCCCAACCUGGGCAACUUAGUGACUUAGUGAGAUCCUGUAACAAAAUUUAAAAUGAAAAGGGCUGGGGAUGUAGCUCAAUGCAAAGGCCCUGAGUUGAAUCCCUACCACUGCAAAAGAAAAAAGAAAUGCAAUUCUCACACAUCCUACAGCAUGGAUAAACCUUCAAAAUAUAGUGAGUGAAAUAAGAAAAACACAAAUAUUGUACGAUUCCAUUUACAUGAGGUAUCAAGAAUAGGAAAACUAGGGCUGGGGAUUUAUCUCAGUGGUGCUGCUGCCUGCCCCACAAGUGCAAGGACCCGAGUUUGCUUCCCGGUGCCAAAAAAAACCAAAAAAAAGAAUAGGCAAACUCAUAGACAGAUAGGAAGUUAAAUAGUGGUAAGCAGCAGUUUGGGGAGAGAAGAAUGGAGAAUUAGUGUUUAAUGCGUGUACAGGUUCCCAUUUGGAAAGAUGAAAAGGUUCCAGAGAUCAUCAUGGUAAUGGUUGAACAGCAGCGUGAAUGUACUUAAUGUCACUGAAUUGUAUGGUUAAAAAUGGUAAAUUGCAUAUAAAGAAAAAUAAAAAAUAAAAAAGACAGCUAAAUAUAAAUUUAAAAGAUAGCUAAAUGAGUUGUCCAAAGAUCAGAGAGGUGCAAUCUAAACACACAACAUCAUUUUUCACUAAUGAAAUUAACGAAAAUUUGAAAGAUUGAAAAUAUCUAGUUAUGGCUAAGAUUUAGGAUGAAGGACACUUUCUUUAGCUAUUAAUAGUAAAAAUUCUAUCCUCUUUUGUGGAACCAAUUCGGCAAUACUUACCAUAGUAUUAAAAUUGAAAGUCCUAUGAGUUAACAGUUUUGCUUCCAGAAAUAUUUCCUUUAUAGGAACCAUGUUUUAAAUACAUUCACUUGAGAAGGGCUAAAUAAAGUCAGGAUAUAUCGAUACUACAAUUUAAUACACAAUCACUAAAAAGAGUGAGGUAAAAUUUAGUCGUCACAGGAAAUGGGAUCUAUGGAACACAAAUGACCUUGGCAUCCCAGCUCUUCCCCUUAUGGCUUGUACCGCUCAGAUAACUGUAGAAGGUGCUGGAUGUGCUACAUCCUGACAUAAAGAGGAACUGGUCAGAGGAACAGACCCAGAGGAGAAUAUUCUGUGACUCUUUGCCUCCGAAUGUCUCACUGUCCCUGGAUAUAGAAUCCAGGAUAGAGUGUGCUUUCAGGGUCCCUCAUCUGUGAUGAGAAGUGGACCUAGCAGAAGUGGGAAGUUUCCACUCUGGAAAGCAUCUUUGAAUCCUCAGCUCCUAUUGUCCUUUGCUAGCUAUCUGUGCCUAAUGAAGUUGCUUUGUUUAACUUGUGUGAGUUCCCCCUCACAGAGCUUAUGCAAAGGGAUUGAUACUGGUGCAAGGUAUUGGUAAGAGGUUCAGAGUCCUCCACAGGGACGAGGACCAGUGCAAGUGAACCAGCCUCACAGUCUGAGGUCCAGUACCAAGGUGAAAGUGAUCAUCUUUUUCCGUGCUGAUAGAGCUCCUGCCAACAUGGUAAAGGUUCCAGAGCCCAGCAAACCUCCUGUGGGAGGUAUGGAAAGUACCAACCCCACAGGAAGCAGAGGCUAAGCAGAUUUUCCAGAAAAAGGCCAAAAACUACAAAGAAGAUUAUUCUGAGCCCUGAGUUUGUUGAGCCCAACUGCAGAUCUAAGAGAAUGCUGGCUGCUAAGAGAUGCAAGCAUUUUGAAUGGGGAGGAGACAAGAAGAAAAAGCAUUGAGCGAUCCAGUUCUAAGCUUUGUCUUUUGAUUUACCUUGAAAACAAUAAAAUCUUGAGGUAAUAAUAUUUACACAUACACAAAGAAGUGAUAGUGAUAGGCCUAAAUAUAAGAGCUAAGGUCAUAUAACUUCCAAAAUACUUAAGAAAAUUACUAUAGCCUUAAGUUAGGCAAGAUAGUCUGAGGAGACAAAACUCUUAAACCAUAACAGAAAAUUUGAUUUAAUAUACCUUGUCAAAAUUUAAAGUGUCUAUUUUUCUAAAAACAAGAAAAUAAAAAGACAAGUCAUGGACAGGUAAAAGAUAUUUGCAAAACACUCAUUGAUAAGGACUUGUGUUGACAAUAUAGGAAGAACGUUUACUACUCAAAAGUAAAGCAAAGAAUGCAAUUUAAGAAAUUAGCAGAAGAGUUGAACAGAAUACACACAUGAGAAGCCUAUAAAAGACUCUCAUGAUCUUUAGGCAUUACAGAAAUGCAAGUUCAAAUCAAUGAAAUAUCCCUACAGAACUAUUAAAAUGGCUAAAAUUUAAAACCUUGACUAUACCAAGUGCUAACAAGGAUGCAGAAAAACUAGAAUACUCAAAAUAACUGGUGUGAAUACAAAAUUGUACAGCUGCUUUAGAAAACUUUAGCAGUGCCUCAUAAAUUUAAACACAUACUUGUACUCUAGCAAACCCACUCUAGGUAUUUACACAACAGAGAUGAAAACGUGUACACACAAAGACCUGUAUAUGGAUAUUUAAAGCAGUUUAAUUCAUAACAGCAAAAAACUGGAAAUAACCCAAAUUUCCCUCAAUAGUGAGUGGAUAAACAAAUUGUGGUACAUUUGCAAAAUGAAAUAAAACCCACCAAUAAGAUAAAAGCAACUGCCAAUAAAUAAGAAAAAUUUCAAAAGCAUUAUACAAAGUAAAAGAUGCCAGUCACAUAAAACCCAUAUAUAAAACAUCUGAAAACAAACAAAACUAUAAAACAGAAAUCAGAUCAGUGGUUCCCAAGAGCUGACAUUAGAGGAGAAAGACAGACUAAAGGCCAGGAGAGAACUUCAAGAGCUUAUGGGAAUAUUCUCUGUCUUGAUUGUGAUGGUGAUUGUGCAAAUAUAUACACUGGUCAAAGCUGAUUAAACGGUAUACAUAGAAAGGAAGAAUUUUCCUACCCAAAUCAUAACUCAGUAAAUCUCCUUUUACAAAAUAAAACAAAAAAGAUGUAGCUACAGAGUAGAUUCAGCUUGGUCACAUUGUUACUUAAAUGUAGUUGUGUGUAUUGGUAGUUACUGAUAAUUUUAUAUGUGUAUGGAAACAAGGUCUUACAUGACAUAAAUCCCAACAUGGAAAUUUUUUAUCUCCAGAAAAUGAGUGU